GUUUGUUUGAAAUCCAUAAUUAUGCGUGUAUAUAUGUAUACGUACAUGAAUUACUGAUUACUAUAUCUAUAUCUCUUUUAAGGUUACAAAAAAAUUAGGAAGUUUGUUUGGAAUCCAAAAUUAUGUUUGUAUAUAUAAUUAAUGAAUAGUAUCUAUAUUUCUUGAAGGUUUAUAAGAACACAUGGAGAACAACACCAACACCGAGAAUGGUUCUUCUCAUUCAUGGUGGCUUGACAACACUCAUAAUCGUCUCCAUCAAUCUCAAUGGCUGCAGUCAACUUUAUCAGAGUUGGAGAAGAAGGUAAAAAACAUAUUAAGUUUUAUUGAAGACGAUGGGGAUACAUUUGCAGAAAGGGCUGAGAUGUUCUACAAAAAGAGGCCUUUACUCAUUAAAUCCGUUGAAAAUCUUCAAGAAUCCUACAAACUUUUGGCUGGAAACUACGACCAGUUACUGAAAAGAUAUGAACAUCUACGUGCAUUUUCCAAGUUGGAUUCCCCCAUCUUUGCAAACCCUAACCGGUUUUCUCCUAAAGUACUUCAGUAUGAUCUGAAAUCUGAAGAUCUUUUAAAGAAAAAGAGAUACGAGUUUUUUCAGUUUGAUGAUGAUUUAGAGAAUCGUUGUGAUGAGAUGAGGUUGAGUGUGAUGAAACUUGUUGAAGAUAAUUUAGAGCUGCAGGCUGAGCUGGUGAAAAGCAAUGAUCGGAAAAGAGAAGCCAUUACUGAGUUGCGUGCUCAUGUGAAGAAGCUUGUUGGUGAGAACAAUGAAUUGAAGAGUAAGUUAGCUCGUAUGGAAGCUGAUGUAAAGAGGAACAGAUCUCAAUUUUCGAGAGCAAAAGAUCUAAUUUUGAAGAAAAUUCUACCCGAGCUACGAAAUUAGUGGCUUAGAAUGUGAUUUUUGACAAGUCAGAUGACAUUAGUUAUCAAAAGUUUUUAUCAAUAGUAGAAUACUUACCCCUUUUUAAUGUUACAUGAGGAAAGAUACUUUGUUUUUUACCCAAUAUGAUGAUCAAAUGUUUUUUGUGGAAAUGGUUGAAUCGAUAAAAC